UGGCACGACACGGAUAAUAUCAACUAGCCGCCGAGGCCCUCCGCCAUUAUCUUGCACACCCGGCUAUGGAUCUUCCCCUUCUUUCAGGUACCUAACCUUUGAAAGGAAUUUUAGAUUCAUGACCUCAGAAACACCUAAAAGGGCAUUCUAUAUCCCUACCUUUUGUUGUCCUUAAAUGCCCCCUACAAAGAAGCUAGCAGCACUUUAACUAGAGGAGUUUUUUGUCUUUUCAUAAAAACAACCCGGCUUGGAUCUUCCCCUUCUUUCAGGUACCUUUGUUUAACAAAAACGAUGGAUUCUUUUUUCACAUGGUGGGUGUGAAUAUUCACUCUUCUUCGUGAUUUAACUUUUCAGUCUGAGUUAUUGUCCAAAUUGUAGUAUUUCUUAAGGGUAUAGCCAGGGUAAAUAUAUUUAUAUCAAAUUAAGUAAAUUUAAUAAAGUAAUAAUAGGCAUUAAUUAACCAUGAAAGUAAUAAAUUAACUCGUGAUUCUAUUAAUUUGAUACUACAAACGUGGGGUGCAGUUAAGUUUUUACCGAAUAGCAAGUGUUUGGUGAAUUUAAUUAGCUCCAUACUGUUAAGUUCAUUGCUAGUUUAUGAUUUUUAAAAGGCUCAAAGUCCAAGAACUGAUUGUCUGUAUCUCAGCUUCUCCAUCCUUUAAUUUGACUUGUAGGAUCUCCUUUUCCUCAGGUGUUUUCUGUUCAUGAUGUUAAUCAGUGCCGGCUGAAGUAUACGGUAACUAAAGCAAGUGCUUUAGGCCCUCAAAUUUGAGGGGUCCCAUUUUUCAGUAGUAGUAGCCUAGUAGGUAUAUGAAUUAAUUUUUUAAAAAUUUGAAUAUUUUGAAGUAAAAAAAAGUAUAUUUUUUAAUAAACUAAGAAAAUAAACCUUCAAAAUUUUGAACAAUUAGAAGCGUAUGAAAAUAUUUUUGGUUUCCUAUUUCGAGGUAUAAGAAUUUGAUAUAACUAGGUGACGAGAUUUUGGAAACACAUUGCCUUAACGGCGAAACAUAUUGAUGGUUUAGACUUAUUUUAUGAAUUAAAACAUGAAAGAAAGAUAAUACUCUAAUUAAUAUACUCAAUCAUAUAAAAAAGACUUGAUUCUUUUCUAAAUGCGUAUAUUAUUUAUAUAAUAAUGUUAACUAUAAAGAAGUACAAUGGAUUAAUAUUUUUUUUUAUAGAAAAAACAACUUAAGGCCACUCAUCAAGGUUUGGCUUUAGGCCACCGAUUUUGUUGAGCCGCCUUUGAUGUUAAUCUUUAUUUGUAAAAUAAGGGGAAUUUGAUAAUAAUUACUACUUAAUCAGUUUUUGCUUAAGCAGUCCUCUAUAACAACUCGCUAGGUUUGAUUAAGUUAGACAUAUAGAUACACUUGUAAGGCUCAGGGCAUUUUCAGAAAGUUACCCAUUCUGAGUUCAUAUUGAGGUAUAACUAAGUAAUGGGAAAAGCCACAUAAUGUCUGUCCAAAAGGGUGCCUCUGGUCUUUGAAAUGGCAUUAAAUUAAGAAGAAAUUAACAAUCAGUAUUGACUAUCAUUUGGCUUGUUUCUAAGCUUUCUAUUUUUAUAUGUUGAGGAAUUUUCGUGGAAAAUGCUAAUGAAUUCAAGAAUGACAAUCAGUCCAAUAUGUUUCAACGAUGGAAAAUGCUAAUGAAUUCAAACCUAACAUCAUCAUUGUCUGUCACCUUCCUCCAUUUCUCUUGAUUGACCUUAAAGUGGACAACUGUUUGAAUUCUUUACAGAAAAGAAACCGCAGCUAGUAGUAAUGGGGAUAUAUGCCUUAGUGCUGGUACACUUUCUCUAUUCCAACAUAAACACAAUCAUGAAGAGAAAAAACAAUUUCUUUUCCCCUCUUGUAGUUUCAAUAUGGCACCAUUUUCUGAUAUUAUCAGCCACUGCAGAAGUCAACCUCAAAACUGAUGAGGCUGCUCUUCUUGCUUUGAAAUCCUAUCUUACUUCUGAUACUUACAAUAUCUUGACAAGCAACUGGACCUCAACCACUUCAGUUUGCCAGUGGAUUGGCGUAACAUGCGGCUCUCGCCAUCAAAGAGUCACAGCCUUGGAUAUUUCCAACAUGGGACUAAUAGGCACCAUCCCUCCUCACUUGGGAAAUCUGUCUUUUCUGGUCUCCCUUGAUAUCAGUAGCAACCGUUUCCAUGGAAUUCUGCCUCAAGAUUUGAGUAAUUUGCACAGAUUAGAAUUUAUAAAUGUCACUUCUAAUAAGUUCACUGGAGAUAUUCCCUCAUGGUUUUCUCUUUUGCCAGAACUCCAGCACUUGCAUCUAGCAUUUAACAGUUUCACAGGUAUUAUUCCACCGGCCAUUUUCAAUGCAUCCAAGCUAGAGAGUUUAGUGUUGGGAGUUAAUCAGUUACAAGGGGAAAUUCCAAAUGAAAUUGGUAAUCUUCAAGGCUUGACAUGGUUGAGUUUGGGAUCAAAUCAGCUAACAGGCCUUGUACCACUUAGCCUGUUCAACAUUUCAUCGUUACGACGUUUGGUCCUGACAAACAAUAGUUUGUCUGGAAACCUUCCUGUCGAUAUAUGCUCGAAUCUCCCAGAACUCAUGGUACUUGCACUGUCUAACAAUGAAUUUGAUGGACAAAUUCCUUUGGACAUCGACAAAUGCUCAAACCUUCAAAUUUUGUCAUUAUCAUUCAAUAGGUUCACUGGAGUGAUACCUAGAAAGAUUGGGAACUUGACUAUGAUAUCUUCUUUAUACCUUGGUCGAAAUGAUUUGGAAGGUGAAAUACCAGAAGAGAUUGGAUAUCUCCGUAAUCUAGAGAUAUUGGAUGUGCAGAACUGUAGCCUAAGUGGUCCAUUACCAUUUUCUAUAAGUAACAUAACUUCACUUCGAUUGCUCAACCUUUAUGGCAAUAAGCUCUCUGGCUCAUUACCCCCGGAUAUGUGUUUGAACAUGCCUGAUCUCAGAGCAUUUGAUCUUGGAAAUAAUCAAUUCAGUGGAACCAUUCCAAAAGAAUUUGGAAACUGCACUUCACUUUCUGACCUCUUCCUAAGAGAAAACAACCUAAUAGGUGAGUUACCAAUGGAGAUUGGUAAUCUUUUCAAUUUGGGAAGAUUAGAUCUACACUACAACUUCUUAACAGGUCCUAUUCCAUCUACAAUAUUUAACAUGUCAAACAUAAGGGGCAUUUCAUUUUUGGGGAACUUCUUUACCGGAAGUCUUCCAGCAGAUAUAGGACUUGGCCUUCCUAAUCUUGAAGAACUUUAUCUUGGUUACAAUAACCUGACUGGAUCCAUCCCUAACUCACUGUCAAACGCUUCCAACAUUUUCCGGCUAGGAAUUGGAUAUAAUAACUUUUCUGGUCCUUUUCCGAGGUCAUUUGGUAAUCUAAAACGUUUAGAGUACCUAAAUGUGAAUGACAAUCAUUUCACAAGAGAACCUUCAUCUCCAGAAUUGACUUUCUUCGAUUCCUUGACAAAUUGCAGACAUUUAAGACAACUGUGGAUAGGUUAUAAUCCACUCGAUGGAAAUCUCCCCGCUUCUGUUGGAAAUCUCUCAAGUUCUCUUGACUAUGUUUAUGCUGCUUAUAGUGAAAUCAGAGGCAGCAUGCCCCGUGAAAUUGGAUAUUUAAGUGGUUUGUCUUUCUUGUUUCUUCAAGGCAAUUACUUGAGUGGAUUCAUUCCAAGUUCAAUAGGGAAUUUAGAGAAUCUUCAAGCAUUAAAUUUGUAUGGCAACAAAAUGAUAAGUGGACCUAUCCCUGAGGAACUCUGCAAUUUGAAGAAUUUGGGAUUCUUGAGUUUGGGAAAUAAUGAGAUUUGCUGUUCUAUACCAGCAUGUUUAGGGAACAUUAAAUCUCUUAGAUACGUUUACUUAGAUUCCAACAAAUUGAUUUUUAGCAUACCUCCCAGCCUGUGGAACCUCAAUGAUCUCUUGCAUCUUGAUGUGUCCUCAAAUUUCUUGGAAAGCUCUCUACCUCCAGAAAUUGGAAAUUUGAAAGUCGCAACAUUACUGAAUGUAUCGAAGAAUCAAAUCUCAGGAAUUAUCCCGAGCACAAUUGGAGCAAUGCAAAACAUGGCUGAACUUUCUUUUGCAGAAAAUAGACUAGAAGGGCCUAUUCCAGAGUCAUUGGGGAACAUGGUUGCCUUGGAAUCGUUGGACUUGUCUCAUAACAAGCUCUCUGGUGGAAUUCCCAAAUCACUGGUAGGUCUUUCCCAUCUUAACUAUCUCAAUGUAUCUUACAACAGAUUGAGUGGUGAAAUUCCAACUGGAGGUCCUUUUGCGAACUUCUCUUAUGAUUCAUUCCUUUCAAAUGAGGGAUUAUGUGGUGAUGCUAGAUUGCAGACACCAGCAUGUAGGUCUAAUUCUCCUCAUAGGAAAAGAAAAAAGAAUGUGCUUCUUAUUGUGUUGAUCUCACUGAUGGCUGCUUCAAUCAUAAUGCUCUCAGUCACGCUCACCAUCUUUUUGGUGAUUAGAUGUCGAAAGAGGAAAACAAUCAUUGCUACUCAUCAGGCGGAUUCUUCUCCAGCCACAUUACAUGGAAGAGUUUCGUACCAUGACCUUCAACAAGCAACAAAUGGAUUCAGUACGAGCAACUUGCUCGGAUCUGGAAGUUAUGGGUCUGUUUACAAAGCUACAUUUGGGAGUACUAUAUUGGCCGUUAAAGUAUUCAAUUUGCAAACAGAAGGCGCAUUCAAGAGUUUCGAUACAGAAUGUGAAGUCUUGCGCAACGUUCGUCACAGAAAUUUGGCUAAAGUCAUCAAUAGUUGCUCCAACGUUGAUUUCAAAGCCUUGGUAUUAGAGUACAUGCCUAAUGGAAACCUAGACGAUUGGCUUCAUUCUGAGAGUUGUUCCUUAGAUAUCAUGCAGAGAGUAGACAUAAUGAUUGAUGUGGGAUCAGCAUUAGACUAUCUCCAUCAUGACUAUUUUGUGCCGGUUGUUCACUGUGAUCUAAAGCCUAGCAAUGUCCUACUCGAUGAAGAUAUGGUUGCACAUGUGAGUGACUUUGGGCUAGCAAAGUUAUUAGGGGUAGGAGAAAGUAUUGCACAAACCAAAACUCUUGCAACCAUCGGGUACAUUGCACCAGAGUUUGGAUUGGAAGGACUGGUAUCUACAAGGUGUGACAUUUACAGCUAUGGUAUCAUGUUGAUGGAAAUGUUUACAAGAAAAAAGCCAACAGAUGAACAGUUUGCUGAAAAUUCAAGCUUGAGGGGGUGGAUAAGACAAUCAUGGCCACACGCGAUGGACAAGAUAAUAGAUCCUGAGCUAAUGAUACCAGAAGAGAAGAACAAAACAGGAAAGAUGCAGUGCUUAUCAUCCAUUAUGGAAUUAGCUCUGAGGUGCACAACGGACAUGCCAGAGGAAAGAAUGAAUAUCAAACAUGUUCUUGCUCAACUCAAGACCCUCAGAACUAUGUUGGAAAAUGUAGUAAUGCAUUAAAGGAUUGAGGAAGAUGUUUAUAUAUAAUUAUAUUACUGUGAAGUUGUUAAAAUUGAAUUUCUGUUUUGAAGGCCUCAAUAUCUUAUUUAGAAA